GGCCCUCCGGGGCGGACGGGGAGGGGCCGCGGCGGGCGGAGCGCGGCCGCUCCUCCCCGGAAAGGGCGGUGUUUGCCGGCAGCCCGUUCCCGUCAAGAUGGUGCGGAAGCUGAAGUACCACGAGCAGAAGCUGCUGCGGCGGCUGGAGCUGGUGAGCUGGGAGGCGGCGGCCGGGAGCUUGGCUGAGGUGAAGGCGCUGCGGCGAUACCGGGUGGGCCGGCGGGAGGACUACGUGCACUACAAGGCGCUGGCCCGCGAAGUCCGCACCUUGGUCCGCCGGCUCCGGGACCUGGGCCCGGCCAGCGCCGCCUUCCGCUCCCGCUGCGCCGCCGCGCUGCUGGAGAAGCUGUACGGGCUGGGGCUGGUGAGCGGGCGGCAGUCCCUGGCCGUCUGCGAGAGCCUGUCUGCGGCCGCGUUCUGCCGGCGGCGCCUGCCCUGCCUGCUGCUGAAGCUGCGGAUGGCGCAGAACCUGCGCCAUGCCGUCACCUUCGUGGAGCAGGGCCACGUCCGCGUGGGGCCCGAGGUGGUGACCGACCCCGCCAUCCUCAUCCCCCGCGCCGUGGAGGACUUCAUCACCUGGGUGGACGCCUCUCGCCUCCGGCAGAAGGUGCUCGACUACAACCAGGAGCGCGACGACUACGACCUGGCCGCCUAGGGAUGCACUGCCUGCCCUGCCCGCUGCUUAGGACACGAUGGGCAAUAAGGACACACGGUGGUACCACUAUCAGAUGUAGAGCCCCCCUCAACAUACCUGAAAGGGGAGAAAAGAGGAAACCUACCACUGGUACCAUGUUGCUCUGCUCCCAGCUUCCCUUUGCACCUAGCAACUCCAUUCAUCAACACAGAGAAAGUUCCACAUCUGUCGCUUGGAGAAAACACCUGAUAGCCCAGCUCCAUAGAAUCACAGAAUCAAUUAGGUUGGAAAAGAACUUUAAAAUCAUCAGGUCCAACCAUUGUCCCAGGACUGCCAAGAGCACCACUAAACCAUAUCAUGGAGGGCCUCAUCUACACAGGUUUUGAACACUUACAGACCCAGUGAAUCCACCACUGCCCUGAGCAGCCUCUUCUAAUACCUCCCUAUGAAGAAAUUUUUCAUACAUUCCCAUAAAGUGAAACUGCUCAGAGGGAGCUUUACCUGAUGCAGGAGAGGAUGUGAUUGGGUUUAAAUGCUUGGCUGCUACUAAUAGCAGCUGGAAGAAAGUUUAAGUGCAGAUGAAGAUUGAGUUUAAGACUGAGCUUGACAGCUUUGCUGCUGCUCUUUGAAGAGGUGGCCCUGCUGGUUCUUCCUGCAGCUGGCUCAGUGACUGGGGGAGCUGCUCGUGGGUUUCCUCUUGAUACCAGGGAAUGUGUAUAUGGGGGAAAGGCAGAGAUUGUGUGGGGUCAGCUGUAAACAGGGAAGCUGAGUACUGCGUUUCUGGAACUGUAACAGUUUUAGCCAAAAAUUGAA